AAUAAAUAGGCAAGGCUACAUUUCAUUUCCCAAACCCCACCAAAUUAAAACCCUACCCCUUCCAAGUUGCAAGUACUGAUCUCCAUCUUAAUUAGUUUUGGUGCCAUGGCGGCCGCUCCAACUCCACUCAUCAACUCCCUCUUCCUCUCCUUAAUCACCCUACAAGCCUUGAUCACAUUUCCAACCCAAACCCAAUCACUACGUCCGGCACCUUCCACACCGCCGGCCGCCUCCAUCGUCCUCACUCUCACCCUCUCCAAAACCUCCCUCCCACCUCCCAAAAAACGAACACCAACCCAAACUUCCGACAUGGUGGAGCCCUUGAGAGGAGUCCGUGACGGCUACCUGAUCCCGCUGAACUUGGGAACUCCGCCGCAGCCGGUCCAACUCUACAUGGACACCGGCAGCGACCUCACUUGGGCCCCCUGCGGCAACCUCACCUUCUCCUGCAUUGACUGCGACGAGGCCGGCAUCACCCCGGCCAAGACCUUCUCCCCUUCCCUCUCCGCCACUUGCUACCGCGACCCCUGCGGCAGCCGCUUCUGCUCCGACGUCCACAGCUCCGACAACUCCCUCGACCCCUGCACCAUCUCCGGCUGCUCCCUGCCCACCCUCCUCACCUCCGUCUGCCCACGCCCCUGCCCUUCCUUCGCCUACACCUACGGCGGCGGAGGGGCGGUCACGGGCACCCUCACCAGGGACACCCUCCACGUCCACGCCAGCGGUGGUGGGGUACUGGUGCCGAGGUUCUGCUUCGGAUGCGUGGGCUCCACGUACAGGGAGCCCAUCGGGAUAGCAGGGUUCGGGAGGGGUCCGCUCUCCCUGCCAUCCCAGCUGGGGUUUGGCAGGACAGGCUUCUCCCACUGUUUCUUGCCAUUCAAGUAUGCCAACAGUUCCAGCCUGUUGCUUGUCGGGGAAGCAUCCCUUUCCUACAGGGAAGGGAUGCACUUCACUCCCAUGCUCACCUCCCCCCUCUACCCUAACUACUACUACGUGGGCCUAGAGGCCGUCACCGUCGUCGUCGGGACCACCACCACCACCGUGCUUCCCACGGCCACGGCCACGAGUUUGAGUUUGAGGGAGUUCGACUCCCAAGGGAACGGCGGGAUGUUGAUGGACUCCGGGACCACCUACACUCACCUUCCCGAGCCCUACUAUUCGGAUCUCCUGUCCACGCUCCGGUCCGCGAUCGGCUACCCCAGAGCUGCCGACGUGGAGACCAAGACGGGCUUCGACCUCUGCUACAGAGUCCCCGUGGUGGUGGCGGUGGGGUUUCCCGCGGUGACGUUUCGUUUUCUCAACAAUGUGAGCGUGGUGGUGGGGGAGGAGAGUCUGUUCUACGCGAUGGCCGCGGCGAGCAACGGGACGGUGGUCAAGUGCAUGCUGAUGCAGAGCAUGGAGGAGGAAGGGGAGGAAGGGCCGGCGGGGGUGUUUGGGAGCUUCCAGCAACAGAAUCUGGAGGUGGUUUAUGAUUUGGGGAACCAGAGGAUCGGCUUCCGGGGAAUGGAUUGUGCUUCCGCUGCUCCUCCUCCUCGACCUCGAGGGCUUGGUGGCCGGAAAUGAAAAGUGGCGUGAGGUUGGUUGGAAGAAUUGGCAGUUUCUUUCUGUUACCCAAUAAAGAUUGCUUUUUUUUUCUUCUUUUUCUUGCUGGAUUCGCUGCUUUUCCUUUUUGUUCGCAUUCUAAUGAAUUACUUCUUCAUAGUCUGAUCGUGGGCUCACAAAGAUGAGCUGUUCGACAGUACUUUUGUCUCUUGGGUUGGGUGGGAACUGGGAACUGCGACAGGGGAAAUAAAUUUGGAGUUUUCCU